GGAAUAUGAAUAUGAUUAGGAUAAGAAAAAUCUGAUUUAAAAAGUGUACUAACAUCCAAGGAUUCGGAUAAGACUUCCACGUCAUCAUAUGACAUUUAUAAAUAUCACUACCUUUCUCCCCCAGAUUGAGCACAAUCGCAUUUCAUCAUCGUCUUCAACCUUCUCAUCAAAAUCAAUCCUUCCCUUUCCUCCCACCCUGUGUUGGUUCCUCGGAAAACUCGCAGUCGAAGUGAAAAUGUUGGCCAUCUUCAAGAAAGGCGUGGUGAAUCCACCUCAGGAGCUCAACAGCCCAGCUUACCAUUCCUACUCUUCUUCUUCCUCCCCACGACCACCGCCGAAGCUCCCUCACCAGAUCGUGGACGAAUUCCUCUCCUCCAACCCUGCCGACUCCUUCUCGAUCAAGUUCCGCGACAAUGCCCUGCUCGCUUGCGCCCCACGCCGCAGCUCCCUCGGCGCUCACCAGAGAGUGUUCUGCGGAGCGAACGACGUCUACUGUGUUUUCACUGGGAGCUUGAUCAACCUCUGCAGCUUGAACAAGCAGUACGGCCUCUCCAAGGGCACCAACGAGGCAAUGUUCGUGAUCCAGGCGUACCUGACCCUUCGCGAUCGCGGCCCUUACCCUGCUCACAAGGUUCUCAAGGACCUCGAGGGCGAAUUCGGAUUCGUCCUCUACGACUCCAAGUCGGGCCGAGUCUUCGCUGCUCGGGGAGCCAGUGAAGGAGUGGGGCUGUACUGGGGAAUAGCAGCAGAUGGCUCGGUUGUGAUUACCGACAGCUUGGACGGGAUAAAGGGGAGCUGCGGGAAGUCGUUUGCUCAGUUCCCGGCGGGGUUCAUGUUGGAGAGCGGAGAAGGGCUGACGAGCUUCGAGCAUCCAUGGAGUCAGAUCAGAGCCAUGCCGAGAAUCGACAGUGAAGGAGUCAUGUGCGGAGCUGAUUUCAAGGUCGACGUUCAGUCCAGAGCUGCUAAUGCCAACACAAUGCCUCGCGUCGGAAGCGAGGCCAACUGGGCUCUGGGCGGUUCACAAGCCUGAACAGUCGUUUCUUCGACGUGACUCGACUUAAACACUGAGAUCUAACUUUGAAUGCUGUUUUUUUUCUUGUUUUUUUCUUCUGCUGCUGCUGCUGAUGUUCUGUUCUAGAUAUGAGUCUUGGGUUUCAGAUGCUUUCCUGGGAAAAAGAAAUGGGACUUCGUCCCUGUAUAAUGUAAAUAUGUUUUAUGGUUCUAUUUGAAUGAUUCAACUUUCUUAGACUCGGGAUGCAGUAGUAACUAUAGCAUAUUCAUCGACGAAUGCAGUAACACGUAUGACAUAUUCACAGACGAUUGCGCAAAUGGCUAGCCACAUAAUGAACUCUUCGUUUAAGAUGGGCUAGCAUUGAAAUGUUUAGGCUGGCAGUGAAAUGUUGUGCUCCAAGU